CGAGAAUGAGUCGCCGCGCGCGGCCGUGACAUGGGAGCGCAGGCAUGGGCUGGCGCGCCGAGCAACCGCCGCACAUCGCCGCCGGCCUGCUCCUCUUGCUGCUAGUCAACCUGCCGGUAACUUGCCACCAAGACCACCAAGAUGCUGUUCACAUCACAGCUAUCCUCGGAGAGAGCGUCGUGUUCAAUUGUCAGGUGGACUUCCCCGAAGACAUCCCCGUGCCGUACGUCUUGCAGUGGGAGAAGAAGUAAAGGUCGGCUCGUCCCCGGACGCGCCUCGCAGAAUGUAAAGGUCAGGACAUCCCCAUAUACAUCUGGUACGAGAACUACCCGACACAUAGUGGUGAAGGCUAUGAAGGAAGAGUGUCGAGAGUGUCUCCGGAUUCAUCGUACGGCGCCGCUAGUCUCAAUCUCACCAACAUUACAGAAUCUGAUCAGGGAUGGUAUGAGUGUAAGGUGGUGUUUCUCAACCGCUCUCCCAGUCAACACAAGAAUGGCACGUGGUUCCACCUCGACGUGCACGCGCCGCCUCGCUUCUCCAUCACACCGGAAGACAUUAUAUACGUCAAUUUAGGGGAUGCUAUUAUUCUUAACUGUCAAGCUGAAGGAACACCACCGCCGGAGAUAUUGUGGUUCAAGGAGGCGAACCCCGUAGAACCAUCGGGCACAGUGGGCAUCUUCAACGACGGCACGGAACUUAGAAUUAGCAAUAUUCGACACGAAGACAUAGGCGACUAUACUUGUAUAGCGAGGAAUGGAGAGGGGCAAGUUUCACACACCGCUCGAGUUAUCAUCGCGGGUGGUGCCGUCAUCACAAUGCCGCCUACAAAUCAGACAAAAUUAGAAGGAGAAAAGGUUCAGUUUACAUGCGAGGCAAAAGCUCUGCCAGGAAACGUAACGGUGAAAUGGUUCCGCGAAGGGGCGCCCGUGGCGGAAGUGGCAGCCCUGGAGACGAGGGUCACGAUACGCGGGGACGGAGCGCUCGUCAUAAACCCCGUCGCGGCAGACGACUCGGGACAAUAUCUAUGCGAGGUUUCCAAUGGCAUCGGUGAUCCACAAAGUGCUUCCGCAUAUCUUAAUGUCGAAUAUCCUGCCAAAGUGACGUUCACGCCAACUGUCCAGUAUCUCCCGUUUCGCCUGGCAGGAGUUGUGCAGUGUUAUAUAAAGGCGAAUCCACCCCUUCAGUACGUUACGUGGACAAAGGACAAGAGACUGUUGGAACCCUAUCAGACAAAGGACAUAGUGAUCAUGAACAACGGUUCCCUACUAUUUACACGCGUGAAUCAGAAUCACCAGGGCCGAUAUACGUGUACCCCAUAUAAUGCUCAGGGAACUCAAGGAUCGUCCGGUCCGAUGGAAGUGCUAGUUCGUAAACCACCAGUGUUCACAGUAGAACCGGAACCAUUUUAUCAAAGAAAGGUGGGCGAGUCGGUGGAGAUGCACUGCGAGGCGCAGGAGGCGGAGGGCACGCAGCGGCCCAGCGUGCUGUGGCGCCGGCGCGACGGCCAGCCGCUGCAGAAGAGCCGCGUGCGCGUGCUGGGCGGGAACAUCACCAUCGACACGCUGCGCCGCCAGGACUUCUCCAUCUACCAGUGCGUCGUCUCCAACGAGGUGGCGACCAUAGUGGCGGACACGCAGCUGGUGAUCGAGGGCACGCAGCCGCACGCGCCGCACAACGUGUCGGGCACGGCCACGGAGUUCCAGGUGACGCUGUACUGGGCGCCCGGCUACGCGGGCGGGCCCGACUACAAGCAGGACUACACCAUCUGGUACCGCGAGGCUGGCUACUCCGAGUGGACUAAAGUUCCCGUCACACCCUCCGGCUCCACCACGGUGACAAUAAACCGUCUGCAACCGGGAACUACAUACGAGUUUCAAGUAAACAGUAAGAAUACGAUUGGCGAAGGAAUGAUGAGUAAGGCGAUUACGAUACGAACAUUGGAUGUGGGCGCAAAACCGAAGGCGACUCCUACAGUUGCCGGGCCGGUGGAUGAAAAGAUUUUUCCGAAUGCUCCUGAAGGUUCCGGUCCGCGGUCGGGCCCGCCGCGCAACCUGACGGUGACGGAGGUGCACAACGGGUUCCUCAUCACGUGGCAGGCGCCGCUGGAGCGCGCGCAGCUCGUGCAGUACUACACCAUCAAGUACCGCACCGACGCGCACUGGAAGACGCUCAACCGCGGCCAGAUCCGCUCCGAGGAGACCAGCUAUCUGGUGAAAAAUUUAGUAGGCGGUCGAACGUACUACUUCCGCGUGCUGGCGAACUCUGCGAACAGUUACGAGAGCUCCGAGGAAGUGAAGUUUGCCGUGCCGGCUCGGGUCAAGCACAAAGCGAUCACGGCCGGCGUGGUGGGCGGCAUAUUGUUUUUCAUAGUUGCCAUUAUACUAUCGGUGUGUGCGGUGAAGAUAUGCAAUAAGCGCAAGCGUCGUAAACAAGAAAAAGCAUACAACAUGGUAGCCGCGCGACUCACCGACCUCCGCGCCGCAGACAGCACUCAAGUGCCUUUUAAAAAAUUUAGAGAAAGCGGAAUAUCGAGUAUAGUGCAGUGUUUGCGAUUCACGGCCAACUGGAUCUGGCCGGCGUCGCGCUGCGGCGAGCCGGUGUCGUGGGUGGCCGCGGGCGCGGCGCGCGCGGCCAGCGCGGCCAGCGCGUCGCCGGCGCCGUCGCUGGCGCCGUCCUCGUCGGACGACGGCGGCUUCCUGCCGCGCCUGCGCGCGCCGCUCAGCCCCGCCGCCGCGCCGCCGCUCUUCCGCGCCUCCUCCCCCGCGCUCGUCCCGCCCUUUCCGCCCUGGCCGCCCUGGCCCAUCUGGGCGCCCGCCUGGACGCCUUGGUCGCCACUCCACAUCUCCGACCUGAGCUCGGUGCCCUUCCCGAGUUCGGCGGACGGGUCCUUUCCGACUCCGCCCUCCUUCCGAUCCCGCCCCCCGCCGCCGUUCACACUGGAGCCGCCGCAGACGCGACCCUGCGCGGGGCCCCCGGGCCGCGCCCGGCGCCACGGCCGGCCGCGCCCCGCCGCCGAGCCGGCCGCGCCGCCCCCGCACGAGGCGUCACCCGAGAGCAGGUCGUCGUCCAGCGGGUUCGGCAGCAAGAACGCGUCGUCCUCGCAGCACAACCGCAGCAGCCGGCCGGAGAGCCUGGCGGAGUGGCGGCCGCCGCCGUACCGCGCGCCGCCGCCCGCGCCGCCGCCGCGCCCGGGCUCGGGCUCGGUGGACGGCCACUACGAGUGGGACCGCGCCACGCGCACGCCCACGCCGUCCACGCCCGAGCGGCCGCGCGCGCGCGCCUCGCGCGACGACGUGGAGGCGCGCGUGCGCGCCAUGAAGGAGGAGUUCCUGGAGUUCCGCAAGCGGCAGGCGCGGCGCCGGCGCUCGCCCGAGCCGCCGGCCGCGCUGCAGCCGCUGUCGCCGCUGGCCGCGCUGCAGCCGCUGUCGACGCUCGCCCCCGCCGAGACCGUGUGCUGA